UUAAAAGUAUCGAUAAAAUAAAAUCCAUUCACCGAAAUAGCAACAAUUAUAUUAUUUUUGGUUUACCUCCCUCGUGUUGUUUAACGAAUCAAUAAAGAAAUCAAAAUAAAAAAUGGGCGCAUUAGCAGAAGUUGCUGGUGAUGAAAAUAGCGGCGAAGGCUCACGCACAUUUGUGUUUCAAAACGAGGGACACACUUUAGGCAAUGCUCUAAAAACGAUCAUUAGCAGAUAUCCGGAUGUUGAUUUCUGCGGUUACACUAUUCCUCAUCCAACUGAAAGCAAAAUGCAUUUUCGUAUACAAUCUAAUCAAAACAGAGCUAUUGACAUUUUAAAACGAGGCUUAGAUGAUUUGGAAUCCCUUUGUGAUCAUACUAUCAACACGUUCGAGUCAGAAGUUAAAACGUAUAUUGAAACAAAUAAUAAGCCUGCGGUAAUGUAAUACAUAUUUGGUUUUUAUUUAUGUGUAUAAGGUUGUUUAUA